AUGCUUACAGAUGGCCAGCCGGAGCUCUUUACGGCACGUGUCGGUGUUCGAGGGGUCUUCAGAGAUGACAUUGCCGCUCAGCUCCAGACACAGGAGCACUUCUUGACGUUGCGAUCCUCAGUGCCCCGGAUCGCUGAUGUUUACCCGCGUGGUCACCUAGGUAGCGGUGUAGUGGUGGCCACCGAGAGACUUUCCAGGGUUCCUUAUCCCCCUGCUAGGACACCUGAGCAGCGUACCAUUGUAAUGCUGGACUGCAGGUUUAUCCUCAAAGGAUUUGAUUGGCUGCUUGUCUUGAACGGUCGCUGCGCGGUUCAGUCUUUAGUGGAUCGCUUCCGGCCACAGUGUCCUGACGGAUACAUUGUUGCGGUCACUGGUGCCUCAAUUGAAACGAUAGAUGACCGUCCCUUCUUCGUGGUAGUGGACGGCACGUUGCUUACUGUCGACUUUGUCGAAGAUGCACUUGGCGACGACGUUCCUACAGAUCCACUCCCUGGCCGCAAUAACGUAACUGACGAGGGGACUGAUGAUGACGAUGCCCCCCCUGAUAAUGAGUUUCUGCCGGAGGAGCUUUGCCAGCCUUCUACCAGUGUCGACACGGGCGGGACGCGGGAUCGCAGCCGCUCGCCUGUUCCUGGACGUCCAGUUCAAGGCCUGCCAGAACUCCUCAAUGCUGCUCUGUAUCUCUUGGCCAUGCUUGCUGUGAAUGGUGAAGACAGUCGUUUACGCAUGUGGCUGGCUGCUUCUUUACACGAUGCUCUUCCAGAGAGCCAGCAGUCUUCCACCUCUGUGUUCCUGCCUUCCGUUCCUCGUGGCCACUCCUUGCUCGCGGCCUUCCCGCGCACAGGUGAGGGUAUCUUGGAGAUCCUGCACCUUUUGCCUUCUGCUUGGUGUUCUCAUAUCCUGCGUAUGGCACGUCAAUUGAGGUUUCCGGAGCUUGCCGGGCUUCUGGUCGCUGACUUCUCCUUUGGCCCCAUGCAGGCUCUACGGGCUGUGGGCUAUGGCCAUCCUCCUUGUGUGGAACAGCCCAUCACGAUUGACACUGACUCCGCUGUCGGUGUAGACGGUGUUUUCGUCGUACUUGCGGUUGAAUACUCUCCCGAAGUGCUUCUGUUGUCCAUCUCCGUUCCUCAGACGGUUGAGGAUGCCGUUGAGUUGGUUCAAACAUGCCGUGCUGAGGCCGGUCGGGCUUCCUUUCCGAUCCUGGCCCCUCUGGACCCUCAACCUGACCCUCGACGGGCUUUCCUGAUCGCGGUUCCUGAGUGGCUGGAGUCAAGGGUCAUUAUCGGUCUGCAUGUGGUCGGCCCUAGGCAGGAGGUAUUCUCUGUAGCUGCCCCUACGGUGGUGGAUCGGCAUCGCCUUCUAUGUUUGGCUGGUUUGCCGGCUGACUCUGGGCUUGAUGUGUUUGUGGGAUCGAGAGCCGAGCCUCUGGAUCCAGGAGAGGAUGUUGCGAUUUACCACGGGGUUUGCGUCUCCUUCGUGUCCGGUGGGCACCGCCCAUUCCAUUGUGCCUUUGCAGAGAUGCUUCAGUCCCAUCUGCCAUGGAGCACGGAGCCCUUGUCUGGCAACUCUGAUACUGACUUGGUCUUUUGUGUGGUCGGAGACUCCGCGUACUACCCCUUCACCCUCCGUCCCGCCCGUGCUACACGCUAUGCUGACGACUUGGCUUCCUUGCUACAAUUGCCUAGGGCGCAAGUUCGCAUUACGCCGGCUGUCCCAGCUAUUACGGAUGCCUGUGUUGCCGGCGCUGGUUGUAACAAUGUUGUUGCGGUUGAGGAGAGUUUCGGAGGCGGUAUGCUCAAUAAGGUCGUUGGACUGCUUGAUUGCAGGCCAGUUCUAGGUGGAUGGCACGUCCUCCACGCCGACCAAGGCUGGCUGCAGUUAGGGCCCAUCCGGCAUGGCCUUGACCAGAGCACGCCUCCCGGUAAGAAGGCUGUCAUUUCCGAUUGCUGCCAGCACUGGACGUGGUUCUGGCUGCGGAUGGCCCGGAUGACGAUUCUGGAGGGUCGGCGCAUGGUAAUUUUGUUGACUCUGGCCGUGCCGGCCCGAGCUCCCACCUGGGUCCUGAUGUGGCCUCGCUUCCUUCAGAGCCUACUCCAGGCAGCUAUGAUCAGUCUGCCGGACAUUCCCACGCGCCGUCGAGUGGGCUUUCUGACGCAUUGUGCAAGCCUCUAUUUGUGGCUGAUGAUAGUGAUAAGGGCAUGUGGCAUGCUGGGUUUUCUGUGCACGCCUGUCUUCCAGGCCCCCGCCAUUUCACCUCUGUCCUCCUGUCACCGGGCCUCGCGUUAUGCUGUGGCCUCUGCUGCGUUGCUGUCCUUGCUUCCGUCAGGGCAAUAUGGGGCUCAUGCACAUGGGCUGUAUGCCUCCUGUUGUUGGGGAACCCCGCUCCUGUUGGUCGAGGACUCAUUGGCAUGA